GAAUGAGGGAGGGUGGAACAGAGGUAGAGAGAUUCACACAGCAUAGACCUCACUGGGUAGACAGCAUCGCUACGAAACGCACUCACGAGCAAACAAAAAGAGGCUAAACCAUCAGAAUCCUUUAAGACGACAACAGAAAACUCCUUCAGCAGAGAUGGGGCCUGGAUUGUUCUGGAACUUCCCAUCCAAGACUAGCUGCACGGUUCCACAGAGCCUGCUGCAGACAAUGUUGCUCUCCAGGAUGGCUGGCAUGAAGGAUCAGCAGUUCACUGAAGAGAAACCACUACUGCCAGAAUCCAGGGGACAGGAAACAGAGAUGGCCAAAGGACAGUGUGAGCACGUGCUGCCUUGUGCUACACCCUCCCCCCCCACGGCUCGCCCCCCAAAACGCUGGCAUGCCAUCGCUCGACACUGGCUCGGGCUGACGCGCCGUCGGACCAGCGGGUACUUCCCGGAAAACUGUGAGACCUUUGUGGCAGAAGGAGAUUGGAAGGAACAUGACAUUGAAACCCCUUAUGGGAUGUUGCAUGUGGUGAUCCGCGGGGCUCCCAAGGGCAACAAGCCAGCUAUCCUGACCUACCAUGAUGUUGGGCUCAACCAUAAGCUGUGCUUCAACACCUUCUUCCACAAUGAAGACAUGCAGGAGAUCACUAAGCAUUUUGUGGUGUGCCACGUAGAUGCCCCAGGCCAGCACAUUGGUGCCCCCCAGAUGCCACAAGGAUAUCAGUAUCCCACAAUGGAUCAGCUAGCUGGGAUGCUUCCUAGUGUGGUGCAGCACUUUGGCUUCAAGAGCAUUGUUGGAAUUGGAGUGGGGGCUGGUGCCUACAUCCUAGCCAAGUUUGCGCUGAUUUUCCCUGAUCUUGUGGAGGGUCUGGUUCUACUCAACAUUGACCCCAAUGGGAAAGGAUGGAUCGACUGGGCCGCCACAAAAUUGUCAGGACUCACCAGUACUUUACCAGACACUGUCCUGGCCCACCUCUUCAGCCAGGAGGAGCUUAUGAGCAACACAGAAGUUGUCCAGACUUACCGCCAACAGAUCAACAACACCAUCAACCAGUUCAACCUACAGCUUUUCUGGAACAUGUACAACAGCCGCAGGGAUUUGGAAAUGAACCGCAGUGGCUCUGUGCUAAAUGCUAAGACCCUGAGGUGCCCAGUCAUGCUGGUCGUUGGUGACAAUGCUCCGGCUGAGGAAGGCGUGGUUGAGUGCAACUCUAAACUGGAUCCAACCAACACCACAUUCCUAAAGAUGGCUGAUUCCGGUGGAAUGCCUCAAAUAACACAGCCUGGAAAACUCACAGAGGCUUUCAAGUACUUCCUGCAGGGAAUGGGUUACAUUGCUUAUAUGAAGGAUCGGAGAAUGAGUGGGGGGCCAGUGCCUUCGGCCAGUAUGACCCGUCUUGUUCGCUCGCGAACGGCCUCUCUGACCAGCGGCGGCUCUGUGGAUGGUUCUCGCAACCGCGCAUGCACACACUCAGAUAGCAGUGAGGGUGUCGGGCAGGUCAGCCACACCAUGGAAGUGUCCUGCUGAACCCUCUUGCACUGUCUCACAUGCACACAUUUAGAGAGACGUGGCAUGGAAGGAGGGCGUGAGAAGAAUGAAGGUCUCAUAUUGCUUUCAUUGUUUCUUUCUCAGCCAUUUUCUAUGUCGUUUUCUCUCUGUUUUUAAGUGUUAGCCAUCUUAAAGGAAUAGUUGACUCAAAAAUGAAAAAAAUGGCAUCAUUUACUCACCCAAAUGUCUUUAGAAACCCAUAUGACUUCAUUUCUUCUGUAGAACACAAAAUUAAAUGAAUAUAGUCCAAGCAGCUAUUUCCCAUAUAAUGAAAGUGAAUGGUGACCAAAACUGAAUUUCAUUUUUUUUUUUUUGUGAAUUAGCUUUAGAAGACCUGAAAUAUCAUGCACAGGUCAUGUAAACCACUUUUAUUAUACUUGAGCACCAUCCACAUCCAUGGUAUGGAAGUGAGCAGCUUGGACAUUCUGCUGAACAUCUUUUGUGCUCCACAGAAGAAAUAAAGCCAUACAAGUUUAGAAGAACCUUAGUAUGAGGUUUUCCUUUCGUGCUGAAUUAUUCCUUUAAUCUGUAAAAUGCUGUCCUUUUCGCCUUCAAAACAGUGUUUAGUUUCCCCCCAACUUUGUAACGCGGUUACUUAACGCUCUAUGUGUCCGUAUUCUGCACCCUUUGCUUGCUGCCUCUGGCCUUCACCUCCUCAUAAGACAAAACUACAAGUCCCAUCAGCCCCUGCUCUCACUCAUUCCUGUCCUAUGACAGUCUUUGAGGAGAAACUGAUUGACUGGGUCGCAGGUAGAAGGGGUUGGUCUUGAGGAACAGCAUGAAACAAAGUAAAAGAAAGAAGAAAGGAGGGUUCUUAAACCAGAGAGUGAUUUAUAAGUGACAUUUGUAGCUCUCCCUCUCAAUUUUGAGCAAAAGGAAAAAGAUUGUAUAGUUGAAGAGGGCGAAAAUCUCUUAACCAGUAAACUGUGGCUUUCGGCUAAUCAUCUCAGCUCAUUCAGUCGUUGGAAGUGUAUGUAUCACCACAUACUGUAAGAUACUUUUUAAUAUUUUUUUGCAUUAUUUGAGACCAUAAUUGGUUUUCUAAUUGUAAAUGUUAUUAAAGCAUGAAAAAAUGCUUUUUAACUGUUUUUCUCCAGUAAAGUAGGAACAGAAGUUGUAUGACUUGACUUGCCACUGACUUGCCUUAAAAGGUCUUUUUUUUCAUGUUAGAAUGCUUCAUUUUACCAUUCCUUUAACAUUAAGCACUAAUGCAGUCAAGUGCACUUUCAAAUCAAGUUUCACUUCAUUAAAUACGAAAUACCUAGUACCCUUUUAGUGUGCACUCUCUGUCAUAUGAAAGCGGUUUUGCCUGGGAUCGGUUCUGUACGGUCUCCUUUUUUAUAGACAAUCAGUUUCUGACCCAAACCAAACCGGAACCGUCGACUGAGGCAGAGCCUGUGUGAUAGAGUUUGCAGGUCGUUAGCGGUACAGAAUUAAGGCUUCAUGCUUCCUUUACAGCACCCAGCCCCGCUACAAGAAUAUACCAAAGCUACUGAUACAAAUGCACACAUAAAUGCACUCAUACACAUUUCCCAAUGAGGGCUGGGUUCUGCAAGGUAACAGAGCUUUUGGGUGCGUGCAUAUAUAUAUAUAUAUAUAUAUAUAUAUAUAUAUAUAUAUAUACACACACACACACACACACACACACACACACACACACACAAUUCAUGUACCCACAUUUACAUUUAGUCAUUUUGCAGACACUUUUAUCCAAAGCAACUUACAAUUGGGGAAUACAUAAAGUUACUCGCAUGCAACGCAUGCAAUACAUAAAGUUACUCGUUAUGCAUAUGACCGACACUGAAAGAUUCAUAUGCAUUCGAAUCGAUCCAUAUUCAGUGCAUGCUUAUUUCAUAAUUUACUAUAGAUCUGUAGAUUCACA